AUGGAAGACUCAAAUUCCCACAAGCAGGCUGUUGAGACCGAGACCAACAUUGCUCGCCAUGAAAGUCAUGUUUUACCCCAUGGCUAUGAUGACCCACAUAGAGCUGCACUGGAAGACAACCCAGAGCAUGCUGAAAAGCUGACUUUGUCAGUCCUUCUCUCGGCCCUCUUUUUAGGAACUUCUUUCUCUGGACCAAUCGUUUUUGGUUUCCUCUUCGUUACCCCUGUUCUUGUUCAACUCUCGCAAAAGAUUGGCGGCGAGAACAUUUCAUUCUGGAUUCCUUCAGGAUGGGGUCUUGCGGCAGCAGUCGGUUUCUCCAUCGCGGGUCGUCUUUCGGACAUCUUUGGCCGUCGCCAUGUCAUCCUCUUUGGCCAGCUUCUCACGAUUAUUGGCGGUAUUGUUGCAGCUACUGCAAACUCGAUGAACCAACUUAUUGCUGGCGAGGUCAUCUUGGGUGCCUCCAUUGGGACGGUAUCUGUAGCUUAUGCUGGAAUAUCUGAGAUUCUUCCCAACAAGUAUCGCGGUAUGGGCUUGGCCUGGACCGAGUUCAAUCUGUCGAUCUGGGCUAUCCCGUCAACUCUCCUGGCAAACCUAAUGGUGACCAAUGCUAGUUGGCGGAUCAUGUUCUACAUCGCCAUUGGCUAUGGCGCUGUCUCGAUGAUUGGCACCGCCUGUGUCUACUUCCCACCCAGCCAUCCUCGUGCGGAUGGUAGGACAAAGUGGCAAGAAUUCAAGGAGCUUGAUUUCAUUGCUGCUUUCCUCUUCGUGGCCGGCCUAACUGUGUUCCUUUAUGGUCUUAAUUCUGGAGGCAACGCUUACCCAUGGGGCAGUGCUGGCACUCUGGCGCCCCUGAUUCUUGGCCUCAUCGUCUUCCUUGCCGCAUUUGCUUACGACUUCACCAUUCCCAAGGAUCCACUCUUCCCGUGGUAUCUUUUCAAGAAUUUCCGCGAGUACUCAUCUCUUAUUGUGCUCGUCUUCGUUGCGGGUAUGGUAUUCUUCGCUGCUGCGGCCCUCAACGCACAGACUAUCCUUUACCUCCACACACCCGACCCGACGAAGAUUGGGGUUUAUUCUAUUCCGAAUGGUGUUGGACAGUUCGUCGGCGGCGUCAUCAUCACCGCUCUUGUGCACUACAUCAAACAUGUCAACUAUCAGCUUACCUUCGCCGUCUUCAUGCAGACCUUGUUCUUCGGGCUUGCUGCACUGAUCACACCGACUAACCUGGGCUGGCUUAUGGCAGUUCAGACCCUCGCUAUGCUUCCCUUCGGAUGGAUCACCCUCAACUGCUACACCACCGCAUCUCUGAAUGUUCCUCAGCGAGAUCUCGGUGUCGCCAUUGGUUUGAUUGGCACUUUCCGCUCUGUAGGCGGUUCCGUUGGCUCUGUCAUCUUCUCCUCCAUAUUCUCCCAAACCGCCGCCAAACAGGUUGCCAAGCGCAUCGCCGAGACCGUGACAGCGGCCAAAGUCUCCUCAGAAAGUAUCCCUGAUCUCGUCGAGGCCGUGCAGCUGACGCUCGUGGGCGUCCCGGGCAUGGCUGCCAAAUUCCCCAACAUUCCCACCUCCGUCUUCAGCGACUGCGUUACUGCGGCGCGUUAUGGCUACGCCUACGGAUUCCGCAUCACCUGGCUUUCAUCUAUCCCCUUUGGCCUCAUAGCUCUCGCUUGCGCCAUGUCUGUCCGUGACCCGUCCAAGUAUUUCACUAACCAUGUUGAGGUCCACCUUGAAAAGGAACUUGGCGGUGCUUCUAAACAUGAUAGGAAUGAUGAAAAAAUAACGGAUACUACAAGCUCCACGUGA